AUGGCCUCAACAAUUCCACAGGCGCCUAUCCACCGUCUCCAUGGCGAUAGCUUAGCCGCGGUAUUCUACCAAGCAGUGCGCCAGGAACCGUCGCCACUCGACGAGUUUCGGCUCCUCCUUCACGUGACACAUGUUUGUCGAGAGUGGCGUGUCGUUGGACUGGACCUGGCCGAGCUCUGGGGAGAUGUCGCUUUCGCAUUCAGCAUGCGGCCCGAAUUGUUCCAUACCAUUCUGGGACGCGCUCGCAGCGUACCUCUGCUAGCGUCAGAUGACAUGAAUCUGAGUGUCAUGCAGAGGCAGUAUAUUCUCGAUCACCCAGAGCGCUUCCGCCAGCUACAGUCCUGGGAAUGCACCUGGGAAUGUGCGCCCCUCGCCGGCAAACAUCUUCCCAUACUGGAAAGCGCCAUAUUCCCUAUCGCCCGCUCCGGACUCCAACCGGAGCAAUCUCCGCUACAUGCCCCUAUCCUCAUGGAUCUCUCUCUGGUUGGCGGUUACAUCCCUUUCAACGCCCCCAAUGUCCGAAGCUUGGAGCUUACAACUAGGACGCCUCUACAGACUGGCGAGCUGAUCAAGAUGCUACGCGGCCUUCCCAAGCUGUCCUCUCUGACAUUACACGAGUCUUUGCCCAAUGAACCCCCGGCCUUGCGCAGUGACCAGUUAGGAUGUGUUGAACUACCGUCUUUGCAUGAAGUCCGACUCGUCAUGUCUUGUCGGGCGAUCGAGACCUUCUUUCAACUGCUGCGUCCGAGUAAACCGGAUGCUUCGAUAGACCUCUACAUCAGACAAGACAUAGAUGUUGAAGUGGAUAUAACACGCUUGGCCGGAGCUCUCCGACCGUACCUUGCUGGAUCGACCCGCGAUGCACUUCGCAUUCGCUAUGAUAACGUGGAACCAUUCAUCGCCUACCAUCAUUCAAGUUCGAGUGAUGUCUCGUGCGAGAACAUACGAAACAAACUACGUUUAGAGGCAGAGACAUGGCUAGAAAAACCUGAUCGCCUUUGUAUAACGCUGGUUGAAGGUUUUGUCGAAUCCCAAAUCAGUCAUUUGACUAUCGACCCUUACGGUUUCAACGAUGACGCCGAUCCUUUCGAUUGGGAUUCCCCUGCGUCCAGCAUAUCGCAGAUGCUCCGCAUGUCACAAAUCGUUACAUCGCUGCAAACACUGAUCUGGGGUGACCAUGCCACUAUCCUUGUCAGUUCGCAGCGGCUCGCGGAUACAUUAAGGACGUUCUUUCAAUCGGACUCCUCCACUCCGCUUCCCAAGUUGGAGGAGCUGACGCUCGCAAGCGUCUGGGUCACGUCUUUGGAGGCUGUUCCGGAUGGCGAUGGCAUCGCCUGGGUUCAGUCUUGGCUGGAGAGCCGCGCCAGAGCCGGCGUUCCUCUGCAGAGACUUCGCCUGCACAAGGAUUCGUACCACGAUAUAGAUGGGAUGCAUGGGUGUAUAGAUGAGGCGUGGAAUCUCGUCAGGGCGCUCGUGAGCGUUGAGGUUGUAGAGGACAGUCCGUCACGGUGA